AUCCAAGGAAUGUUUUGUCAAUAAGACAUUUUCCAGUUUAUUCAUUUAGCCUCUCUUCGAAUUCGAAUCUUUAGUUGCUCCUAAAACACAACCAAGAUGCAAGCGUCUGUGGUAACUUUCGAAAAACCACUUCAACAUAUAGGAUUAGCCGAUUGGAACGCGAAACAAUGGGCUAGUCAGCAAACGAACGAUACACGAAGAAAUGAUGCGUUUAUGUUACGCCACCAAGCAAGACAACUUCGAAAUGAAACCCGGAUAAAAACCGAUUGGGAUACUUAUCACAAUAACGCGCGAUUAGCGGAUCGUAUCACUGAAAUGAUACGAUGGAAAGACACUUUACAAGCUUGUUUGAACUUGAUUAAUCGCGAAGUAAACGCUUUGAGGGAGGAAAAAUUUUCAACUGAGAAAGAAUUUGAAGCUUUAGGGAUUCCUAUAAGUAUUGUAUCGGAAUGUAUUUCGAUGAGGGAUUGUAGGCAAGGUGCUGAGCUUACUUAUGAUGAUGGAGAUACGGAAUUAAAAAGGGAACUCUGUGUCCUCGAAAAUGUUAAAAAGCUUUUGAUAGAACGUUGCCAAUCAGCGUGGGAAAAAAUAAAUAGACUUGACGAAGUUAAAUUUAAAGUCCAAUUGGAUAUUAAUGAUAAACACGAAUCAAUUGAACUUGAUAAGGACCAACUUACUCUAGAUAAAAAUUGUGCCAACAUCAGUUAUAAAACUGAUCCUCUUCGUAUUCCAAGCGCAUCAAUUCCUUACGAAACCUGGUUAGAACAUUCAAAAUACACAAAACUCCUCGCAGAUAAAGAAUUAGAAGAUACAUGCAAAUUAAGAGAAGCAUUAUUCGUAAUAAGAGAAAAAGCUCGAAACGAUAUAAGAGCCCAAAGAGAUUACGUCGAUUUCAUACUGAGAAAACGAAUUUAUGAAAUUCAAAGAGCACGAAACGAAUUGGAAUGGCAACAAUUGAAAAUGCGAGAAGAAAUGGAAAAAGUGGGAAAAGAAAUUCAAAGUUUAGAGGAAGCUCUCAAUAACAAAGAUGAUGCGAGAAAGCUCGCCGAAACGCGCCUUGAAAAUAGGACUUACCGACCUGGAUUUGAAUUGGCUCGAGAUGAAGCGGAAAUUGGGUUAAAAGAUGAAGUUACGCAGUUGACGCAAACCCAACAGGAUAUUGCCAACAAAUUAAAUUGCGCCAAAGCGACUUAUAACGCUUUGGAAGAUCAACAAGUUCUUAUUGAUGAAGAUUUGGAAAAUAAGUGUCAAGCUUUAAUGACGGAUAUUCGUUGUUUAGAUUUGAGAAGUCGUUUGAAAUCUUUCGAUGAAUCCACGGGUAGCACGGAGACCGAUCGAAACAUACAGUUAACCAAAAUGGAAAAGGAAAUUCCUCCAACGUAAAAAUCUAAAGAUUUUUUAUAAAUUUUUUUGGAAGGUAGUAAAAUGUAUUAGAAUGAUUUGUGAAUGUGAAAAUAAAUUAAAUGUCUGAGUUUAAA